CAUCAACCCACCCAAACCUAGGUCCCCAUCACACACUCACUCCACAACUCUCACACACGUUUCAAUCUACACGCAGGCCGUUCAGAACACCCAACGCACCGGCAACAAGUCUCCGAGAACGCACCGCACCCAGGCCGCCGUCGCCGCAGCACCCCGGCCGAAGAGGGCAAGGGUCCGCAGCCUCGCCCCCGCCGUGUUCUUGGCUCGAAAGUCGGGCGACAAGCAACUGGCAAUUAGUUACCCAGGCUCCCAACGCCUCUUCUGUGUGACAUCUGACAACGUCUGUGACCGGCACCGACCGCCCAUGACACGAUGAGCACAAGUAGCAGUACCAGCUCGGCCUCCGCCUCUGCGGGAAACUUUGGCCCAGGCGGCACCGGCGGCGACGGCACAAUACCGUCCGCCUCGGCGCAAGUCACCAUCCUCACGAACGGCAGCAGCCCGUCCAUCUCGCAGCUGUUCCCUACGCCGACGGGGUACAACGCCAACAACAAUCCGAGCGGGAAGAAGCUCAACGUGUAUUAUUUGGUUUUCCUCGGCAUCCUCGGCGCGCUCGUCGUGCUCGCGUGUCUCCUGACUGUGCGGUCGUACCGACUACGACGGCAAUACCGCAGUGCCGCGCAGCUGGCCAUUGCGCGCGGCGAGCCCUUCCCGCCCGACUGGUGGCAGCAGGGGCGACAGCCCACGCCCGCCGACGAGCCGUGGGGCGGCGGCAUCUACACUGGCGGCCCGCCCCCGGGCCCACUAUCCGAAUGGGCGAUUGUCGGCGGCCGCGCACCCCACGGCGGGCGGAGAGAGCGCCGGUGGGUCCGUAUCCCGGUGCUCUGGGACGCCAAGCCCGUGCCAGAGGUCGAGGAGGAGGUGGACGCCGAGCCUGCGUGGGCUAGCUGGGGCCAGCCAUUAACGCUACACUCGCUCACGCCCGCGCCCGAGCUGCGCCGCCCCGUGCCCCCGCCGCUCCAGCCGCCCCCGCCCCGCCCCAGCGUCUGGCGGCGGAACCGCGCGCCCCCGCCCCCGCCCCCGCCAGCACCAGUCCCCAAGCUCGAGCCCGAGAUCGAGCGCGUCGUGAGCGCAGGCGAGCCGAUGCGCGUCGCCGUCGUGAUCCAGAUGCCGGGGUACGAGCGGCGCGUUGAUGAGGACGACGAUGACGACGACGAGACGGUCGGCUGGGAGCCAGGCAUGGAGCUCGGCGUUUGGACUGGCGAGGUCAGCCCUGGAGCUGUACCAGAGUGGGGAAGCUAUACACCGUCCUCUACGACACAUGCGGCCGAGGAGAAGGAGAAGGAGCUGUGA